UUUAAACUCCAUGUUUGUCUGUGAAUUCUUGCAGCGCAGUGAGUCAUGUCUGCUGGCAGCGUUGGCAGUCUGAGGCACAACUCAGGACCUGGGAGGAAAAGCCAAGAGUCCGUCUARGAGGAGCGCUGUGUAGACACACAACCUACCCCACAGCCUAAGGAUGCUAARGGAAAGGAGCCUGAGACCAUCGGCUUCAUCCCUGGUUCAGCCAAGCCUUCGACUGAAGCUCAAACCUGUAAUCCCUGCUCUCCUCCGAGGAGCUGUAAGACUGUAGUGUGCAGCGUGAUCACCUGUGGUCUGUACAGGGUGUGCCAGCGAUCCAUCCUCGCCCCGUGUAUGGCCCCAGAUGAAAACCCUCCAGAUGAACCAGAGAAGGUGAGCCUCCGAGCCGUGGACCCUGGAGACACCAACGAAGAGGCUGACGAGUGGUCUGACUUCCGCAUCAAUGGCGUCAAAGUGACCAGUCCGAAGGAAUACUUAGACAGUAACACCAAACAGGCAGAAUACGCCCCUUCGUCUUGUGUUCAUUCCCAGCCAGGAUAUCCGUUGAUGCAUGACCCCAUGAGGUUUGAGGAGUGGGAGGAUGGUGAAGAAGACGUGGACUCCCUGAUCACCAAGAAGCUGCUGGAGCUCUACUCUGAGUAUCAGAUUGAGGAGCUGGCACGGUGCACCUCAGACUCUUUGUUUGUGAGGAAGAGCAAGGCCAUCUCUCAGCUCAUCAACUCCUUGGCAGAGGAGCACAAGAUGGGUGAGCAGGAAGCUGAGUGCCGUCUGGUGCGGGGCAUCAUUCGGAUCAGCACCCGGAAAACCACAAAGAAGAGGCCUCCCUUAUCCAGGGUAGAGAGGACGCUGUCGGACAGCGGGAACGAGACCAUGACCGCGAGCGUCUCCUUUCCUGAAAGUAACAACAACAACAGAUCAGAUCCUGAUUUCCAGAUUUCUGAUUUGACUUCAUCUGACAAGUUUGCCAGGGAAAUAUGGAGAAACAACAGAGGUCACUCUUCCAGUUCUCCAACACAAUACUCCCCCUCUCACACACAGACGGACUCUUCAGGGGUCCCCCUGCUCCGGUCCUCAGUGAGGACAUGAGUCUCCUGUUGUGUGUGGACAUGUGUCUACAACAUGGACAUGUGUCCACAACAUGGACAUGUGUCCACAACAUGGACAUGUGUCUACAACAUGG